GGAUCGCACAGCUUGUGGCGUCUAUACUGAGCUAUACCGCAAGAGUCUGUGGGAGGGCGCCGCGCCAUUGCCUCCUGCCGCUCUUCGGGAAGUGACUGGCGGCAAGGCUCGUGGCGACUGGCGGCGUCUACGUCUGUGUGUUGGUGCGUGGCACCUGGAGGGUCGCGGCCUAAGGGAAGACCCACAGCCUUGUGCACACCGCCAUAAUCACAAGGGAAGGAUGUGGUCUGGGGCUCCACAGUGGGCAUCAUGGGCCCUGCAGCCCCAGCACUAUCAGAAUAUGAAGCCAGAGGAAGCCUCAGCAGUGGACUGGGCUGCCCUGGCUAAACAGUGGAUCCAAAUGAAAGAAACUGUGGCUCCGGUGACACCCCAUGAUUCCCUUCAACAACAACAGCAGCAGCAGCAGCUUCAGCAACCCCCUCCAGCAGCAAUCACUGCUCCACCUCCUGUCUCCAACACAAGUCAUGUCCCAGCAGCAGCUGCAGCAGCAGCUGCAGCAGCAGCAGCGGCAGCAGCAGCAGCUGUAGUAGCAUCAACAGGAGGUGGAGGAGGUGGGGGAGGAGGAGGAGGAGAGGAAGUAGUGAUGGGUGGUGGGGAGAUGGACAUGGAGAUAGAGGAUGACAAAGGUCCAACAAAUAGUGGUGACCAACAGAAUGGUGAGGUGUGGAGUGGAUGGGGAGGAGAGUGGCCACAAGCCCAGGCUGGAAUGGGCUGGGGCUGGGGUUGGCCUGUUGACUCUUACUCUCAGGGUGGAGCACCAUCUGCUCCAGACAUUACCCCACACCAGUACAGCAGCAACAAUGGAGAGUAUGGCUGGCCUGUUGUUGGUGGAGGAGGUGGCAACAGUGGUGGUCCAACAGAUUAUGCCAUGGGGGACCCUAGAGAACGCCAGCCAAGGGAGUUUCCAGCUGGUGGCCUGGAGCAAGAGCGCCCUGGCCUGGCCAAGGAGGCAGACUUCCAGCUAGAUGCAGCACAGAGGAAGAAGCUGCCUGCCUGGAUACGAGAAGGUCUGGAGAAGAUGGAGAGGGAGAAGCUGCGAAAGUUGGAAAAAGAGCGCCAGAUGUCAGAGAAGGAGGAGAUGCUAAAGAGGAAAAGGGAAGAAGAAGCUCGGGCAAGACGCAUCCUGGAAGAAGACUUGGCUAAUGAUGGCAAACCUCGUGUCCCUAGGAAGAGCAAAUUUGACAGUGACAGUGAAACCUCUGACCGAAGCCGUUCAGGAAGUCCUGAGACAACCACUCCUGGACUGGGGCUGGCCAGGAAGAGGCGGUCCAGGUUUGAGCCUCGUGGGACAGGGGAAGCACAGGAUCAUGCAAAGGACAAGGAAGGAGUGGGAGAGGAAGAAGAGGAGGAGGACGAAGAAAGGGACAAGGAAGACACAGAUGUGAAACAGGCAAGGAGAACUGCAUCACCUGAGCCCAUCAAGACUGAAGAAGAGAGGAUGCAGGAAAUGAUGGUGAAACUGCGGAGAUGGAUGACAGAAAUCCUGUUGGAUGUUACAACGGAGAUGAUGGAGGAAGUGGCAACAGAGGUGGUGAAUCGUGCCCGCAUGAAAGCUCCGGCAGUUCAGGUCAAGAAGAGCUCGGCCCUUGCCUCUUUGUCGGGCAGCAUUGGGCUUGGUAUGUACAGUGAUAGUGAGAGUGAGGGCGAGGCGUCUGGUGGUGGACGGGGAGAGACGGACAGUGAUGAGGAGCUGCGUCAGACCAUCAGGCGCAAGAGGAGGGACUUUCAGGUCAUGGAGCGAGACAUCCUUCAGCGCCUGCAGGCUGAAGAAAUGGCUGAGCGUGCAAAGAAGUUGCAUCCCCAGGAAUCUGAUUCAGAUGAGGAGGGCCAGGAGCAGACAGGCAUGGGCGAACAGGAAUCUAAAGUUGGAGGCGAGGCAGACAAGGCUGGUGGUCAGUUCCGACUGCAUCCUGAACAGCAACAGGAGGAGGUGGAAGAGGAAGAGGAAUAUCCUCCAGUGAUGAGUAAUGGGAAAACCAUGAAGUUUGUCCCACCUCAAGAUCCAGAGGUGGGCUCCACACAACCAGAUAGUAGUACACCUAAUGGUUCCUUAAAAGAGGACAAUGAUUCUAAGGCAUCAAUUGAAAGUGUGGAUUCUGAAGAGGACUCAAAGUCAUCCUUGAGUGAUCACUCUCAUUCUAGUGAUGGGAAAAGAAGGAAACGAAGGAAAAGUAAAAAGGAUAAAAAGAGACGAGAAGGGAGAAAAAGAAGUAGGAGUAGGUCAGGUAGUAGGGGAAGAGAAGAAAAGAGGGAACACAAAAAGAAGAAGAAAAGGAAAGAGAUCAGUCGCAGUAGAAGUAGAAGUUCGGGGGAAUACAGCAGGUACAAGAGUAGAAGUAGGAGCAGAGAUAGCUACAGGAGGAAGAGAGACAUUAGCAGGACACCAAGCAUGGAGAGAUCUUCACGCAGACACUACAGCAGAGACCACUCCAGGUCCCGUUCGAGAGGCAGAGACAGGUCAAGGGGGAGAAACAACGCACGAGGCUGGUCCAGAGAAAGGUCAAGAGGCAAACACAGGAGCAGGUCUCGGGGUAGGAAGAGCAACAAGAAGCGGCACAGGGGGAGUAGUAGGAGUAGGGCCAGAGAACGGCACCGCAGCUAUAGAGAUGGAAGUGAGGAUAGUGCCAGCAGGAGCAGAAGCAGAAGCAGAAGCAGGGACUACAGUUGGAAGAGAGACAGAUACCGUUCAAGGUCACAUAGUAGAUCAAGAACCCCCAAAAGGUCCAAGAAACGUCACAGGUCUCGGUCCCUAAGCUCAACCGUGUCUCUUGCUAAGAAGUCAAGGAGAUCUCGGUCAUCUUCGUAGGCAAGUGAAGCUCCUCUCGUGAGUGCUGUGGUAAGACAACCCUCAGCGGAAUCUUGGUCACUUGGCCACCUUGGAAGUCAACCUUUCCACCCUCACUCUGUAUCCCAAAACUGGUCUGAUGUGUAUAGUUCUCUUAAGAGGAAGUUAUGUAAUUUAUUUAAAUUACAAUUAAGUCUCAUUACUGGAAUAAUUAGUAUCUUGAAUGUGAAUUCAUGAAUUUGAGUGAAAUUUCUGUAAUUACAGUUAACAUCCUUAACAUCCUUCUCAAAUAACAAACUUCAUAUUCAAGAGAUUGGCCUUUUUUUCAGGUUCUUUGAUUAUAAAUAUUGCUCAUGUAGUUGACAUGAAAGACUAGAAGAUUUACA